AUGGCCACUAAAGCCUCGAUCCCUACGAUUGACCUCGCUCCAUACCUAGCCGCAGAUGCCACACCUCAAGGCAAACAAGCAGUCAUUGCAGCCAUAUGCAAUGCCGCUAGAACCUAUGGUUUUUUCACUAUCGUUGGUCACGGCAUUCCUCUGAAGGAUCAAGAGACUGCGCUUGAAUGUGCCCAGCGUUUCUUUGAUCUUCCCGAGGAGGAGAAGAUGUCUGUUUUCAUUGAGAACGCCUUAGGAGCGUCGAAUCGUGGGUAUGAAGUUUACAGAGGCCAGACCUCGGAGCCAGGCACUCUACCCGACAUGAAAGAGGGCUUCGUUGUUGGUGCUGAAAUUCCACCAGACCACCCUGAUGCGGGCACUUUUUUGACAGGUCCUAAUCAGUGGCCAAAGUCUCUGACAACAGGCGAGUUUCAAACACCUGUUAUGCACUACCGAGACACUAUGGUUAAGCUCGCCGAAAAGGUUUUGGGGAUCUUGGCCUCAGGACUUCCUCAAGAGUGGGGCUGUGAGCCAAACGUUUUUGACGAGUUUCUCAUCAAUCCAUCAGGCAACUUGCGAUUGCUACACUACCCCCCUCAGCUAUCCACUGACCCUCGGCAACUCGGAGCUGGCGCGCACACAGACUUUGGUGGGAUAACCUUUCUUCUGCAGCAACCGGGAACAAAGGGCCUUGAGGUCUGGUACCCGCCUACUGAGAGCUGGGUACCCGUUCCUGUAACACCAGACUCUUACGUUGUGAAUAUCGGCGAUCUGAUUGAGAAGUGGACGGCUGGUUAUUAUCGUAGUUCUUUGCAUCGUGUCAUCAACUUCGGCGAGCAGCACCGCUAUUCCGCCCCGUUUUUCUUAAAUGGAAACAUGAAGCUGGAAACACAGUCACUCGAUGGAUCUGGUCACCACUUCGGCGUUAGAGAACAUUUCAUGAUGAGGCUUAGAAGGUCACUAGGUGAAGAGAGGAGCAAGUUCCUCGAAAAGGGUUCAACAGCGACGAAUGUGACGAAGAUUGAGAUACCGGCAUAG